GUAUGGCCACAGAUGGUAUGGGGGCUAAUAUGCCAGCGAAAAAGGGCGACUUUCCUGGUGCAAAAAAUAUGCCUGAGAAAAACAAAACAGUGCAGUUAAAUGUCGGUUAUUCCGACCAAGAAAUGGAAAAAAUAAAGUUUGGUAUUAUUCCUCGAGAUAUGGAUGACAGAUGGUUUAUAUAUUACGGUGAAGACGAGGAAACCCUGUAUCUACAUCGCAGUUGGACUGGUUUUUGUGUGUACAUGGUGAAAUUUAAGAAUGUUGACAGUGGUUUUGCUGCUUUGAAUACUGUGGUUAAUGAAGAUCCAGAACAGUAUAGAUGUUCUGACGAUGCGGAAGAAAAACGUAGAUGCCUCGACUUGAUUGAUAUAUUAUUGCUUAAUAAAGGGUGAAUAUAUGUCCUGGAAACACGGUUGUUCAGAGAGGACACGGUAUUACACCUAUUAAGUGGAAUUGGUAUAAUGGUAUUAAUAUAUUCAGGGCCCGCGGAGCGUAUUAGAGAGUGGGGGGGGGCUAAAGGGUGAGCUUUAAUUAAUUUAGAAAGUUUCAUUUAGAUUUCUAUUUUAAUAAUUUUGGCUGUCAAAAAAAGUGGGGGGGCUAAAGCCCCCCCAGCCCCCCCGUCUCCGCGGUCCCUGAUAUUAUAGAAUGGUUGACAUAUAGGUUAUCUAACACUUGAACUUGAAAAUCAGCAGGUAUUCUAUUAUUAAAAUAUUGAAUGGGAAUGCUUCAAAGUAACAAUCCAGCCUGUUUAGAUCUACAGGGUGUAUCAAAAAAACCGCAACCUCGGAAUUUCCUAAGAAAUCAUGCAAUUCUUACAGUCAAUUUCAGCUGACUUUUCAUCGUAAGAUUCCGAACUUCGUUCCGAACUUCGCAAAUUGGUUGCCAAGUUCAAAAGUUCAUAAUGAAAUUCACAAACAGGUUUGUAAACAAAGCCUCUGAUUGGCCAUUAAAUCAAACCAGCCAAUCAAAUGCCCAGUUUACAAACCUGUUUGUGAAUUCAUUAUGAACUUUUGAACUUGGCAACGAAUUUGCGAAGUUCGGAACGAAGUUCGGAAUCUUACGAUGAAAAGUCAGCUGAAAUUGACUGUAAGCAUAAAAGAUUUUAGGCCCCUGGGAAUUGAAAUCGAAUUGCUAAUAGAUCAUAUUACUGUUGUUGUGCAUUAAAUAAAUGCAUAAAUUUUGCUUUAUGCACUCGCGUGUGCAGUAAUUUUGACAGUUAUGCUAUUUUAAAUUCCCAGGCGCCUAAAAUCUUUUGUCUUUAAAACAAUGUCGAUGUCUUGGGAAAUUCCGAGGUUGCGCUUUUUUUUAUACACCCUGUACUGUAGACUGUGAAAUUUUGAAGCUUUGAAAUGGAAAUUAGUACAAAAUAUAAUUUGAAAUUGAAAAUACCCCCCCUUUCCUGUCUCCUGACUCUCCUCCCUAGCUUGAUGUCCACCACUGUUUUAUAGUCGAUAGAGGUCAGUCAUCAACAUUUAUGUUGAAAUAUUUUUAUUCAAAUCAGUUGCUAAUUUGAAACUACAGUAAUUAUUGGAUUAUAUAAAGUCAUUCUCUGCAAUAACAGAGAGUACAGCAACCAGCAGCAAAAAUUAUUUUUCAACAAAAACAAAUAUUUUUUUAUACCCAACUUUUUUCCACCCACUAUAUACUACACCUCUGCUAUUCUUCUUAGGCUUCUUUGCUGCUGACUUUAUGCCUGGAAGAUAUAAACUUCUCCACCCAUUCAUUGCCAUAGAUUAUGCCAGGCAAAUAUUUAUCUGCCAUCUUCCAAAAUGUUGUAUCACACUGACAUGCAAGCAGUUUACUCCUUGCUUUAUCCUAUCUUUCAACUAUUUUCACUGACAUUGUACAUAUAAUUAUGAUUUUAACAAAACCA